AUGGCUUCUCAGGACGACAGGAGCCCGGCGCGGUCACGUGGCUCGGGCCUGCUGGCGGCGGCCCCCGGAAAAACGGCGAAAUCCGGCGCAAAACACGCCGAAUCGGGACACCUCCGUAGCCGCCGGGCCAAAAACAAGGGCGCCCUCGAGGACGCCGGGGGCGACACGCUCCGCCGCAAGUUGUACCAGCUGCGGCGCGUCACGUUUGUGCUCGGCGCCAUCUUGGGCCUCAUUGCCACGGCCGUGUUGACGGCCAUGCUGUCGGACAACAUCAAGCUGGAGCUCGACAAGUUGAUCAAGUACGACUCGUUCGGCGACUUGGUGGAGGACUGGAAGUACCUGAUCCCGCAGGGCCUCCAGCUGAUUGUGGACGGGUACGACCAGCGCGGGCAGACGGAGUUGAAGGGCUCGGCCGAGUCGUUUUCCGUGGGCUUGCGCAUGAAGCAGCAGCUCGCGCUCACGCCCAAGCACAACGUGGUGAUGGUGCCCGGCGUGAUCUCCACGGGCUUGGAGUCGUGGGGCGUCAGCACCGCGGGCGAGUGCCCGGCGCUCCCGCACUUCCGCCGCCGCUUGUGGGGCUCGUUCUACAUGUUGCGCACCAUGUUUUUGGACAAGGCGUGCUGGUUGAAGCACAUCAAGUUGGACCCGGCCACGGGGCUCGACCCGCCGGGCACCAAGGUGCGCGCGUCGUCCGGCUUCGACGCCGCGGACUUCUUUGUCGCGGGCUACUGGAUCUGGAACAAGAUCCUCCAGAACUUGGCUGUGGUCGGCUACGGCCCGGAGAACAUGCUCAGCGCCACCUACGACUGGCGCUUGGCCUACCGCGACCUCGAGCGCCGCGACGCGUACUUCACCAAGUUGAAGUUGCAGAUCGAGACCACCAAGCGCUUGACCGGCGAGAAGAGCUACCUCGUGGGCCACUCCAUGGGCUCGCAGGUCAUCAUGUUCUUCCUCAAGUGGGCCGAGGCCUCGGGCGACGCCUUCGGCAACGGCGGGCCCUCCUGGUGCAACGACCACUUGGCCGGCGUCGUGGACAUCAGCGGCUCGCUCUUGGGCACGCCCAAGGCCAUUUCCGCGUUGCUCUCGGGCGAGAUGAAAGACACCGUGCAGCUCAACUACCUCGCGGUCUACGGCCUCGAGAAGUUCUUCUCCAAGCGCGAGCGCUUGGACUUGAUCCGCACCUUUGGGGGCAUCCCGUCCAUGAUCCCGCGCGGCGGCGCCGCCAUCUGGGGAAAUGCCACCCACUCGCCGGACGACCCCGGAAACGCGCUUCUCACCGACGACACGGGCGUCACUGUCGCCGGGCCGAAAAACCGAACCCUCGGCAAGUUCAUCCGCUACCGCUCCCGCGACAAGGCUUCCCGCGGCACCGCUGGAAUUUCCAGCGACGACGAGGACUUCACCUUGGAGCAGAGCAUCGACAAGCUUUUCGAGCUCUCUCCGCAGUGGUUGACCAGCCGCAUUAAGGACAACUACUCCUUUGGUAUUGCGCGCACGGCCGAGGAGCUCGAGGCAAACAACCAGGACCCGCUGAAAUGGUCGAACCCGCUCGAGGCCGCGCUCCCCAAUGCGCCGGACAUGAAGAUCUUCUGUCUCUACGGCGUGGGGAACCCGACGGAAAGGGCCUAUACGUACAAAAAGGGCGAGAAGGGCUCGGGCCUUCCGUUGGUGAUUGAUACCGAGAGCGAUCACCCGGUCUAUUUCAGUGAUGGCGAUGGCACAGUGUCCUUGUUGACACACCUGAUUUGCCACGAGUGGCAGAAGGAGAACUCCAGGUUCAACCCGGCCGGUAUCGAGGUGAAGAUUGUGGAGAUGAAGCACCAGCCGGAUACGUUCGAUAUCCGCGGGGGCGCCAAGACUGCAGAGCACGUUGACAUUCUCGGCUCCGCAGAGUUGAAUGAGCUCAUUCUCAAGAUUGUCACGGGACACGGCGACUCGAUCGAAAACAACUAUGUCUCGGAGUUGAGGAACAUCUCACUCAAGAUGGAGAUCUAG